CAUUGGUCAAUGUUUAUUUAUUUUUUUUAUCACACAGUUUUUUGUUUCCCUUCGUUUGGCUACGGAGAAAGGUUUUCCCAGACGACCACUUCGAGUAAAAGUGAUUUAGUAUCGUGACGACGCUCUUGACAUGCCGACAUAACAUGCUACUGAUACGUCUUGUGUUGUGCGUAAUAUGUCCCGCCGCUUUAUCAUCAAACGUGUACUCGGUACUUCCCGAAAGUGAUGAUAGAAAAAUUAACGAUGGUGACGAAUACGGUGUCCGAAACUAUGUAUCCGAUCAUGAGCUUCCAAGGGAUGUGCCGACACGGGUUAAGAUCGUUGGUGACUUGGGAACACCACCUCCUAGUGUCCAAUUGGAUUUUGUACCCAAACAGACGUACGUGCAGGUUCGAAGAUAUGAUGCUGUUAAGCGACUUCCGCAGGAGGCCGCAAUGGAAGAAGCUGCAACUUCAGAAGAAGUAGCAAAUGCACCUAGACUUAGAGAAGUCGUAACUCAUAAGAAGACACAAGAGGUUUAUGAAGAACAAGGUUAUGAAGAUGCCGGAUACGAUCAUGGAGGUUCAAAAAAAUUAAAAAUUGAAGAAGAAGUAAAAGAUAAUCAAAGCGUAGAGGUUUUUGGACCUAAAAAUAGUUCGUCACAAAAUGUAGAAGAAACUAAAGACCAUGUAGCAACAGUUGCACCAUCAGGUCGGGGAACUUGGAGUCGACAUAAAACAACUACAGGUAAAAAAACUAGAUACGAAGAUGAUGGUGAUAAAAGAAAAGUAAUUAUUAAUGAUAGCAGCCCUAUAAGUGAAAAGUCAUCAGGUAAUUAUUCAAAGUUUGAUGGCGGAAAGAUAAUUGUUGUGCAAAACCUAACACAAACUGAAAAAAAAGAUUCUAAAAAUGAAGGUGCGGAAUCUAGACGAGUUCCUAGUUUUAGUAAAACUAGAGAUAAUGUAGAACCAACAACGUAUAGGCCAAUUAUGAGGCAUGAUAGCUCUCGAAAUACGGUAAAACAAAAUAAAAAUGAUUAUACGAAUAGGACCAGAAGUAGGCCAAGAAAACAUCAAGAAAGUGACGUACAAAAAUCUCAAACAGACGUGAUAGGAAGUUAUGAUAAUUCUCCCUGGAUACCAAUUUCACCACCAACGGAUUAUAAAAGAAAUAAUAAUGUAAAUAAAAAACUAGUUAAAUCGAAAAUGAAUUCAGAAUUACACGAAUUAAACGGCCAUGCUACAAAGUAUGGGUAUUCAAUAAAUCACGAUACACAGCCAUACCAAUAUAUAUUUCCAACAGAUUUAUUGGCUCCAGGAUCAUCAAACAAGCCGGAUAGAAAUGUAAGGCCCAAGUUAGAAAAUGUAGGUGUAGCUAAUAAAAAACCACAAAUAUUACCAUAUUCAAAUUAUGAAUUUAUUCCUCAGACAAAUUACGAUGGUAGUGCCAUAAAUUCAAGACAUAAAAAAAUAAAGAAGUCUUCAGGAGAAAAUUUAUCCUUUGAUACUAUAAAUUCACCUUCGAAUAAUUUUAAAACAGGUAUUACUCAUAAUAUUAACAAACAAAACGGAAGUGCUUUGAAUCAAAGAAAUAAAAAUAAAGCAGUUCAAAGUGGACCUUUAGAAAAUUUCAAUAUAAACAUUAAACCUGAAAUUCAUCAAGAGAAAAAAAAGAAAAAUCAUAGAGACAUUGAAACAGAAUUAGGAAAUCGUGGAAAUUCAGGAUCACGGUAUACAAGCUCUAUUGUUCAAGAUAUUAGUCCACAUAAAACGUACGAUGCACCAUUUAUAACAAGACUUAAAAAAAAUAACUAUGAUUCCAGAGGAGAUCCAACUAUACGCGUUUAUCCAAAAUAUGAGUUUUAUCCAAAUUAUCAAAAUAUGCAACAUCACUUAAACGAUGAAAGCCAUCAUGGACAAAAACCAUUAAAUAAUAUUAACAUGGGACACGCUAAUAUUGAAUCAAAUAGCAGUCCUUCAUCACAUAAUAUAAAACAUGACAGUUCACGUCUUUCUGAAUAUUCAAAAUUUAAUAAUCAACCAAAAAACAUUUACAAGCAAUCAGAUGAAGCUUCUGGAAACUGGGAAAAUUAUCCUAAAACUAGAGGUCAAACAUCUCAACUAUCAGAAGAUAAUUAUUCUAAAUUUAAUAAAGGAGAUGGUUAUCCAACAUUUGAAUCAAAUAAAAGAUUUGAAGGAUCUGGCACUAAAUCAUCGUCUAUAUACAGAUUGAUUCCAUAUGAAAAGUCAGUGAAAAUGAACAAUCCUUAUUCAUAUGUAUAUCACGAUGAUCAUUAUCCUUCUGGGAGUCGAUAUAGCGGAGUUAAAAUUGAAAUAACGACACAAAGUCCUAAAUUAAAUGACAGAAAUGUUUAUUGGAAUAGCAGACAUCCUCAUUUACCAAAGGACUCAAUAAAAAAUACUGAAGAGCUACGAGGUCGAGAUAAAUCUGAAUAUGAAAAUACCCGUCACGUUGAAAAUUUAACGUUGGCGCAUUUCUCAGGACUUCAUAAAUCUGGUUCUUAUCGUCCACUUCCAAUACAAUAUAAUGAACGGGUGAAUAAUUUGGCUAAACUUCUAAACGAUAAUUAUCCAAGAAGAACACGUAGAGAUUUAGAAGUAAUAAAUAUUGCUUCAAGUGGUACUACAACUGAAAUUCCAGUCGAUACUGUUGUAUAUCCUCAUUACAAAAAAGCUCCAAAACAAUCGGCAUUAAGAUAUGCUACAAACCCUAUAUUGACACCACGAAAAACUGCUGGUGGUAUGGAGUUUUACGCUUCUACAGACAAUGUUCGGUGUACUGAUAUGUCAGCACCCACUGAUAUUGUACCUAAAAGAACUGAAGAUGGCGAAUGGAAGGGUGAACCAUCUAAUAAAGAUCCUAGAGUAGACGCUCUUGGUGAUAAGAUAGGGUGCUUCAAAACAAAAUAUUUUGGUAGUGAUCCUUUAGAUAAUCCUAUCUUUAAAGAAAAAGAUGUUGGAUUUCCGGAUGUAUUGUUCUCUGUGAAAAAACCUCCUGAAAAAGAAAAAGAUGGUAUUCAACCAGGCAAGCCACACGUGGACUGGAAUUUUGCCGAUGAACUAAUUUCUGACCAUUGGUUCCCUACUAAGGAUGUGCGAACUCGAAGAUCACAUAAUAAAACUUUACCCAUUAAUCAUAAAAUUCAAGGUAUGGAUUCAAUUAUACCAGAACCAGUUAUUUUAACAUUUCCAACUAAAUCAUCAACAAUUGUCUAUAACAAUGAUACGAAAAUAGAACCAGAAGAUAGUGAUUCUGAUGUUUCUUCAAAUGAUGAACAUGUUUUACAAUAUUCGAUUCAACAUCCUACUCAAAAACCAGAAUCUAAUGUAAGAAACAACCAUUUAAUAGACAAUAAAAUUGAAGGCCUUCUUCCACCACCACAAAUAAUAAAUAAUAAAAAAUUUAAAAAAUUGCAAAAAAUUAAGAAACCCAAGAUAAAAAAAAUAUUGAAAAAAGUAAAAGUGGAUGACGAAUCAAACGAUGCCGAUUUGCUUGAUGUACUUAGCCCUAUUACUUCUUUUUUUACUGGCGAAGAUGACGUUAUGGUUUCAUCAGUUGUGCACAAUUUUUUUAAUAUUAAAAUGACACCAUCUGCGAAAAUUAAGACUACAACAAUGGUGGACAAAAACAUCGGCGAAACAGUAAACAGAUUUCAAAUCCAGAAUUAUAGAAGAACUAAAAGAAAUAUGAAAGGUGUAGAUUUACAAAAACCAAAACACAGGAAAUUAAAUGUUUUUACUAAUACUAAUGUGAGUUUAUCCUCACCUACUGCUAGCGUAAGAAUAUAUUCUCCACAAAAUAGUUCUUGGUUGCGAGAUAAAAGAGACCAUGUUUCAGUCAAUGUCGAUGUAAGAAGAAAAGAACCACGGUAUUACUAUCAUACUGACCGGCCACGAGUCAGAGUAAAAAGGGUAGUGUAUAAUCCUCCAUUUUAUAAUAGAAGUGAUCAGUUAUUUAGCAGUAAAUAUUUGGUGUCAGAUCAGGAUAAAUCUGAAACUUUACCGGAGGAAAUAAAUGUGGCAUUUUCUACUACACCUAGGUAUGAGUCAACGACGAUAAAGUUCAUACCAGCAAUAGCAUUCGGAGACAGCAAAACUAAAAUUAUUAAUUACAAUGACAGUGUAGCUAACAGCACAAAUGGUGUUGAACGUACACAGUUCGAUAAAAAGGGUUCAUUGAUAUAUGUUAUUAACCCGGAUACUGGAGUUGGAAAAUGGAUGCAAGUGGUUAAAGUAAAAAACGAAGAAGACACAAAAUCUGCAUUACCGAAUGGCCCUGUCUAUUUAGAAAAAAAAAUUAAGGAUGGUAUAGCCGAAGAAUCUAUUGGAAAAUUUGGAUUUAAAGGAUCAACUAAAGAUUUAUUCAGAAACGUAUUAGGCCCUACUAUAGAUCAUAGAUUUAAAUUAAGACUUCCAAAUAAAGAACCAAUAAAGGAAAAUGUCAAGGAAACGCCAAAAAAAGCAGAUUGUCCAAAAAUAAUUAGACCAAAAAAAAAACAGAUAAGAAGACGAACUACAACGACAACAACGACAACUACAGAAAUACCUGUGGAGGAAGAAGUUGAUGAAAGGCCUGAACAACAAAGUGGAGAAGACGAAAACGCUGGACCCGUUCAAGAAGAAGAUGAAGAAGAAGGAGGAGGAAGAGGUGGUGGAGAAAGAGGAGAAGGAGAAGAAGUAGAAAGAGAAGGAGAAAGAGAAGGAGAAAGAGAAGGAGAAGGAGGAGAAAGAGAAGGGGAUGGAGGAGAAAGAGGAGGUGGAGAAGAAGAUGAAAAUGAAGAAGAGCCACCUAUUAAACGUCCUCAAUAUCAACAAGAAAGUGAAGAAAACUCUGAUAAUGAACAAGGUCAAGAUCAAGAUCAAGAUGUUCAUGAGUCCAAACGAAAAAAACCACAUGCUAUGAUUAAAAAACCACAAUUUAAUAGGUAUUUUUUUGGCUCAAGAGAUAAAAAUAAGUUAAUAAUGUAAUUUGAUGUAAUUUUUCAACUUUUUAAAUAUUUACAUUUAUUUCUAUAAUUUAUUUUGUGAAUACUUAGUUAUGUUACAUUUAGAUUAUUUUUAUUGUAAUAUUUAUGUUCUCAUAACAAUUGUAAAUAAAAUGAUUUUUAAAUCCAACUAAAUAUUUAACAACAUUUCAGUUAUUUUAGCUUAACCUUUUUUAUAAUAGAUACCUGUAUAAUACCACACAUAAAGAAUAUACUAUAAUAUGUAACUAAAAACAUAUUUGACAUUAUAUAUUUUGACAACUCUUUUUCUAUAUUAUCUAUGGAUACUUGAAAUAUAUAAAUUUGUUUGAAA